GGCUCCCCCUUUAAAACGGGGCCACCGCCCCCCUGCGAGCGGCACCCGGACGCUUGGGUCCUUUCUGCACGGUACGCAGGAUGUCCGCGCCGUACACCCGACUCCUGGGGCAGGGUGCCCGCUCCCUGCGGUGCUGGUGGGGGGCACCGGUCCGGUCAGCCCAUGCCCUGCGGGUGCCGAGCGGGGACCUGGGCCGGCUCCCAGGCCGGCUGCGGCCGUUCGUGGAGCACGGGGUGCAGCUGUGCCAGCCCGGAAACGUUCACGUCUGCGACGGCUCCGAGGCUGAGAACGGGGCCAUCCUAGGGCUACUGGAGGAUGAGGGCGUCAUCAAACAGCUGGACAAAUAUGAGAACUGCUGGCUGGCCCGGACGGACCCCAAGGACGUGGCGCGGGUGGAGAGCAAGACAGUGAUCGUGACGGAGAACCAGCGAGACACGGUGCCCAUCCCCGCCGGGGGUGCCAAGGGGCAGCUGGGCAACUGGAUGAGCCCCAAAGCCUUCCAGGAGGCCGUGGACGGCCGGUUCCCCGGCUGCAUGAAAGGCCGCACCAUGUACAUCAUCCCCUACAGCAUGGGCCCCAUUGGCUCCCCACUCUCGAAGAUCGGUGUGCAGCUGACGGACUCCCCCUACGUGGUGGCCAGCAUGCGGAUCAUGACCCGGAUGGGGGCCCCCGUCCUCCGUGCCCUGGGCGAGGGGGAGUUUGUCAAGUGCCUCCACUCCGUGGGGCGCCCCCUGCCCCUGGAAGAGGACCUGGUGAACAACUGGCCCUGCAACCCCGAGAAGACCCUGAUCGCCCACGUCCCCGACAGGCGGGAGAUCGUCUCCUUCGGCAGCGGCUAUGGUGGGAACUCGCUGCUGGGGAAGAAAUGCUUCGCCCUGCGCAUUGCUUCCCGCAUCGCCAAGGACGAGGGGUGGCUGGCCGAACACAUGCUGAUCCUGGGCAUCACCAACCCCGAGGGGCGGAAGAAGUAUGUGGCAGCCGCGUUCCCCAGUGCCUGCGGGAAAACCAACCUGGCCAUGAUGAACCCCACGCUGGCGGGCUGGCGGGUGGAGUGCGUCGGGGACGACAUCGCCUGGAUGAAGUUUGACAGCGAGGGCCGGCUGCGGGCGAUCAACCCUGAGAACGGGUUCUUCGGGGUGGCACCGGGCACCUCCAUGAAGACCAACCCCAACGCCAUGCACACGAUACAGCGCAACACCCUCUUCACCAACGUGGGCGAGACCAGCGAGGGGGGCGUCUACUGGGAGGGCAUCGACCAGGUCCUGCCCCCCGGCACCUCCGUCACCAGCUGGCUGGGGCGGCCCUGGGAGCCGGGUGCCAAGGAGCCGUGCGCCCAUCCCAACUCCCGGUUCUGCGCCCCGGCCCGCCAGUGCCCCAUCAUGGACCCGGCCUGGGAGUCCCCCGAGGGCGUCCCCAUUGACGCCAUCAUCUUCGGCGGGAGGAGACCCCAAGGGGUGCCCCUGGUUUACGAAGCCUUCAACUGGCGGCACGGCGUCUUCGUGGGCAGCGCCAUGAGGUCCGAGUCCACCGCGGCUGCCGAACACAAAGGCAAGGUGAUCAUGCACGACCCCUUCGCCAUGCGCCCCUUCUUCGGGUACAAUUUUGGGCGCUACUUGGAGCACUGGCUGGGCAUGGAGGAGCGGCGCGGGGUCCAUCUCCCCAAGAUCUUCCACGUCAACUGGUUCCGCAAGGACGCGGCCGGCAACUUCCUGUGGCCAGGCUUCGGGGAGAACUCGCGGGUGCUGGACUGGAUCUUCCGGCGGGUGGAAGGGGAGGAGAGCGCGUGGGAGACGCCCAUCGGCUAUGUGCCCCGGGAAGGGGCCCUUGACCUCCAGGGCUUGGCCAAGGUGGACUUCCAAGAGCUCUUCUCCCUGCCCAAGGCCUUCUGGGAGCAGGAGGCGCUGGAGGUGCGCAAGUACCUGACCGAGCAGGUCAACGACGACCUGCCCCGGGAGGUGAUGAGGGAACUCGAGGGGCUGGAGAGCCGGGUGAAGAAGAUGUGAGGGGGGGCAGGGAGGCGGCCCACCAAAGACACGGCCCUCGUGGAGUUUGUUUACAUAGCAUUCCCCCGCCUUGCCCAAUGCCCAACGCCGCCGCCAUCUCAGUGCCUUGCUGCAAGUCAGCUGUCGUCUUCCCUUGACGUGGGUUGGCAGUCUUCUUCUCUUGACCGUGGUUCCACUAUCUUGUUUGCUUGAGGAGUCAGCCAUUUUGUUCCCUUAAUCAUGGUUCCACCAUUUUCUUCCCUCAAUGUGGGUUGGCCAUUU